AAGUUUACUUAUAAAACGAUGUUAUUGGUGAGGUUAUGUAGCCUGUGAUGUAACUCUUCAAACAAGAUUCUGCCUGCCCAGCCCCUCUUAAGGAGUAAACAUGUUGCACGUCCAAAAUUCCAAGAAACAUCUAAAAGCAAAUCUUUCUCACAGGAAAAAAAUAUCUGCUUCACAUACAAACAUUAACUUAUUGUAAAUGAAAUUAAAUGGUUCAUUUAGGUAUAGGUAUUAGAUAACACUUAUUAUAAGGUAUUCUGAAGACUAAAACCAAUAAUUAAACUGCCCACGGGCAAGUGAGAGGUUGUAUAACAACUGAAAUUAUGUGGGAAGGACAAAAAGGGGCAAAGGGGGAGGGUUUGGGGUUCACGCUGCAGGAUAAAACGAGGCUUAGCAUUCCUCUCUCAGCACAGACAGCAUUGCUUAACCAAUCUUCAGACAGCCUACAGAAAGAGAAGCCUACACUUCUGCAGCCAUGAUGAGUGUUGUGUUGAAGAUGAUGUGUGUUCUGCUAUGUGCAGUGUUUGUCUCUGCUGAAGUUAUGCCCAUGACUGACUUUGACCUGGAGCAGGUGGGUGGAAAAUGGUAUCUUGUUGGCUUUGCUACAAAUGCAAAAUGGUUUGCCAAUAAGAAGACAAGCAUGAAGAUAGGCACUUCCAUGCUGACGCCUAUGGAUGGAGACCUUGACCUCAACAUCGCUAGUCUGAAGGAUGACGGUUCCUGCUGGAGGAUGACUUUUCUUGCCAAAAAAACUGAAACUCCAGGACGCUUUGUCUAUUAUAGUCAGCGUUGGGGAAAUGACAAUGAUAUGCGUGUGGUUGAAGCCAAAUACGAUGAAUAUGCCAUCAUUUACACCAUUAAGACCAAGGGAGGUGUAUCUGACGUUCUCAACAAACUCUACAGUCGUACUGCAACAAUACGUGAAGACCUGGUGGAGAAGUUCAGAAAGUUCUCUCUGGACACUGGCAUCCUGGAGGAGAAUAUUGUCAUGCUGGCACCAAAUGGAGAAUGCUCACUUGCUUAAGCGUCUCAUCUCCCAAGAAAACAACAUCACCUGGUCCAGUCAUUUCAACUGAAAACACAGAUCUGAAAUGCUGGCCUUCUUUCUGGUUUAGUCUCUGACUUCAUAUAGAAACAUGAGUCAGCCACUUUUUUGUGCCUUAAAUUGUUUUUUUUUGUGCUUACAUAGAUGGUAAAUCAAUCUGGCAAAUAACAGUUUCUCCAACUAACUCACAAGAGGUGGAAGUCUGCAAAGAACAGGGGACAGAAAAGAGCGUAACACCUCAGUAUAGGGGACAAUUCUCACUAUUAACUAGUUGUUGUCUGUAUGCCUGUUAUUGUCAUAUUGGCUUUUUAUUAGCACUUAUUCUGAAUGACCACACUCUACAUCCCUAACCCUUCCCAAUACCUAAACCUAACAACUACCAUACUAACUAUUAAUAAGCAACAAAUUAAGAGUUUAUAAGGGGAAAAAGUAGUAGUUAAAAGCGAGAAUCACCCCCAUACUGAAGUGUGACCGAAAAGAGUUCUAGGAUGAAGAAAGAUGAUUUAACUUUGACCAAAUGAGACAUAAUAAAAAAAUAAUACCA